UCAAUGGGCACUACGGAGCAACUAAACUGCCUCUCCAUCAAUCCGUUACAGCGCCAGUGAUUCUCCAAGAAUGCACGUUCAUUCACGCUGACAUCCCUCUUUCGUGCACCAGUACCCUUGACGACGUUAUGUUUUGAUGAGCAUACCGCACACCACGUACACUCCAAACGAACGACACUCCUCCACGCCGGUCUUGAUGGCACUUUGAUGCCGCACAACUCAACUCCAUAAGCAUUGUGGCGCUUUUGAAGAAGGAUGGCCGGGCGGCCGUAUGCGCCUGAAGCUUCGGACAGACAAAACUCCUUGCUGGAUAUAGAGUCUUCACAAUCUUAUUACAGCACAGGCCAGAGGCCACCGGUCGAUGACUCUCAGCUGUUGAGAGCCUUUAACAUUGACGACUCUGACGAACUCCAGCCGAGACCUUCUACGAGUUACGAUGAAUUUGUUGGCGGCGGCAGGAAUCCCCAUGGGGCGCCGGGUAACGCGCAGCAAGCAGCAGCAGGAUCCUCUGAUCGUCCUUUCAGGGCACCUUAUAUGAGUGAACAAACAACGAAUUACUCACAAACCUCGGACUUGCACAAUUACUCCAAGUACGGAGACGAUUUUGGCGAAGACGACUCUGGAUACAAAUACUACGAUGGCGGAGGUCAUGCGUCCGACGAAAACAUACCAGGCGGUGGGGUAAAAGUAGUUGGAAGACAUCAUGCGCACAACCGGAGCAGUCUCAUGUCGAUGGGCGGUCUCAUGGAUAGGGCCCGGGGUAUGGUUGGUCUUCGAGAUAGCAACUACUCUGAUAUGGCCCUACCUUUGACGGAACAAGGCAUGCAGAACUCUAGGGUCGAUACUGCUGGAACGGAAGAAGAUCGUUCGACCAAAGAAAAAAGGAGCUUACCAACACUGGAUGAUAUCAGGGCGAUUUUUGGCCGGAAAAAGGUCGACCCUGCUACUCUUGGACCACGAAUUAUCCACCUCAACAAUACCCCGGCGAAUGCAGCAAACGGCUGGGGGGACAACCACAUCUCGACUGCCAAAUACAACAUUGUAACCUUCUUGCCGAAAUUCCUAUUCGAACAAUUCUCAAAAUACGCCAACUUGUUCUUCUUGUUCACCGCUAUCCUCCAACAGAUACCCAAUGUGUCGCCUUUGAGCAGGUAUACCACAAUUGUGCCAUUGGGAAUUGUCCUCGCUGUAUCGGCCAUCAAGGAGCUUGUUGAGGACCACAAGAGGAAGGUUGCCGACAAAUCACUCAAUGACUCCAGAGCACGAGUGCUUCGGGGUUCGGAUUUUGUCGACACGAAAUGGAUCAAUGUAGCCAUCGGUGACAUUGUCCGAGUCGAAUCUGAAGAGCCCUUCCCCGCCGAUUUGGUACUGCUGGCAAGUUCCGAACCAGAGGGAUUGUGCUAUAUUGAGACUGCCAAUUUGGAUGGUGAAACGAACCUCAAGAUCAAACAGGCCAUUCCUGAGACGGCUCACUUGAUCAGUCCUAGUGAACUAGGAAGAUUGACUGGACGGUUGAAGUCAGAACAGCCGAACAGCAGUCUAUACACAUAUGAAGCCACUGUCACCAUGAGCGGCACUGGGGGAGAAAAAGAGUUACCUCUUGCUCCUGAUCAACUACUGCUUCGUGGAGCUACACUUAGAAACACUCCUUGGGUGCACGCGGUAGUAGUUUUCACGGGCCAUGAGACAAAGCUGAUGCGAAAUGCCACCGCCACACCUAUCAAGCGCACAGACGUGGAGCGCAUGCUUAACAAGCAAAUUCUUAUGCUUGUAGCUCUUCUCCUGAUUUUGAGCGCAAUCAGUACGAUCGGAGAUAUCAUUGUGAGAACAACCGCCGGACAGAAGCUGACCUACCUGUACUAUGGGAGUUUCAAUGCGGCGUCGCAGUUCUUCCUGGACAUAUUCACCUACUGGGUCUUAUAUUCUAAUCUGGUCCCAUUGUCGCUUUUCGUCACCAUUGAACUUGUCAAAUACUACCAAGCCUUUUUGAUCAACACUGAUCUGGACAUUUACUACAGCGAUACCGAUACUCCUGCCGUUUGCCGGACAUCGUCGCUUGUCGAAGAGCUUGGACAAAUCGAGUAUGUGUUCUCAGACAAGACCGGUACCCUGACUUGCAACAUGAUGGAGUUCAGACAGUGCACAAUAGGCGGUCUUCGAUACGCUGGGGUGGUCCCGGAGGAUCUCCGAGCAGAGAGUCCAGAUGAUACCGAUGGUGUCCAUGACUUCAAUCGCCUCCGCGAAAACCUGAGAUCACACCCAUCCAGUGGAACAAUCCAUCACUUUCUAUCGCUUCUUGCGGUCUGUCAUACCGUCAUCCCAGAACGCAAGGACGAGAAGUCAGAGAUCAAAUAUCAAGCAGCGUCUCCAGACGAGGGCGCUUUGGUCGAAGGAGCAGUCACUCUAGGCUACAAAUUUGUCGACCGAAAGCCGCGAUCUGUAUUUGUUGAAGUCGAAGGACAGGAAGUGGAGUAUGAGCUGCUCGCUGUGUGCGAGUUCAAUUCGACUCGCAAACGUAUGUCGACUAUCUUCCGAUGCCCGGACGGGAAGAUCAGGGUGUACUGCAAAGGAGCAGACACGGUGAUUUUAGAAAGACUGCACAAGGAGAAUCCCAUCGUCGAUGUCACUUUGCAGCAUUUGGAAGACUACGCGACAGAAGGUCUGCGGACUCUCUGUCUUGCUAUGCGUGAGGUUCCGGAACAGGAAUACUUAGAAUGGCGCCAGAUUUUUGACAAGGCCGCCACCACUGUUGGUGGAAACCGUGCUGAGGAGCUUGACAAGGCCGCUGAGAUCAUCGAGCACGACUUCUUUCUUUUGGGUGCAACAGCAAUUGAGGAUCGUCUCCAAGAUGGUGUACCUGAUACUAUCCAUACUCUGCAGCAAGCAGGCAUCAAAGUAUGGGUGCUUACAGGCGACAGACAAGAGACCGCUAUCAAUAUUGGAAUGAGUUGUAAAUUGAUCAGCGAGGAUAUGACUCUGUUGAUUGUCAACGAAGACAAUCCUGCAAGCACCCGGGACAAUCUACAGAAGAAGUUUGAUGCUAUCCGGAACCAAGCUGCAGCUGGUGAAUACGACACACUUGCCCUAGUUAUCGAUGGGAAGUCCUUGACAUAUGCUCUCGAGAAAGAUAUGGAGAAGUUAUUCCUAGACCUGGCGGUCAUGUGCAAGGCGGUCAUAUGCUGCAGAGUAUCGCCAUUACAAAAGGCUCUGGUGGUCAAGCUGGUGAAGCGCCACCUAAAGGCCCUGCUUCUUGCCAUUGGUGACGGAGCCAACGACGUUUCCAUGAUCCAGGCAGCACAUGUCGGUGUUGGCAUCAGCGGCGUCGAAGGCCUCCAAGCAGCACGGAGUGCUGAUGUGGCCAUUGGACAAUUUCGAUACCUUAAAAAGUUGCUCUUGGUUCAUGGAGCAUGGAGUUACCAACGUAUCAGCAAGGUCAUCUUGUACUCGUUCUACAAGAACAUUGCAAUGUUCAUGACACAAUUUUGGUACUCCUUCCAAAAUGCCUUCUCGGGACAAACCAUCUACGAGUCUUGGACACUGUCAUUCUACAACGUCCUGUUUACUGUUUUGCCACCUUUCGCAAUGGGUGUCUUUGACCAAUUCAUCUCGGCGCGUAUGCUGGACCGCUACCCUCAGCUUUACCAACUCACACAAAAGGGCACCUUCUACCGUAUGCACUCGUUUUGGUCGUGGAUAGCCAAUGGUUUCUACCACUCCAUCCUGGCCUACAUCUUUUCCUCUUACUUCUUCAAGGACGACCUGGUCCUUUCCAACGGCAAGAUCGGUGGCCAUUGGCUUUGGGGAACAUCGACCUACACCGCCAUCUUGUUGGUGGUGCUCGGCAAAGCGGCGCUGAUCACGAACGUCUGGACAAAGUACACCGUCAUCGCCAUCCCCGGAUCGUUCAUCAUCUGGCUCGCCUUCAUCCCCGCCUACUCUUAUGCGGCGCCGAACAUUGGGUCGGGGUUCUCGACCGAACUCAGGGGCAUCAUCCCGGUCAUGUUCAGCUCACCGACCUUUUACGCGCUGUGCCUGAUACUCCCACCGGCGUGCUUGCUCCGAGAUUUCGCCUGGAAGUACGCGAAACGGAUGUACCUACCCCAGGCGUACCACCACAUCCAAGAAAUCCAAAAGUACAACGUACAGGAUUACCGACCGCGCAUGGAGCAGUUCCAGAAGGCCGUCCGCAAGGUCCGACAGGUCCAACGCAUGAGGAAACAGAGAGGUUACGCUUUUUCGGCCGGGGACGAAGGUGGACAACAGAUGAGGGUCCUCAACGCGUACGACACGACGAGACAGAGGGGCCAAUACGGUGAACUCAUCAGUGGGAGAGGUUCAGGCGGAUAAACCAGCUCGUCGUUGUGCCUGAUCUCUCACUACUGCCCUACCGCCAGAAAGGGGGGAAGGGAAGGGUGAUCCAGAAAGCCUGGGGGAGCCUUUUGUGCAUGGUAGCGGGGGAUGUUUAUUUUCUUGGGCUUUGUUCUUUUUUUGCCUAGAUACCCUCCUUACCUCCCUACCUACUUGCCCUUGAGGUACAUACCGAUGAGAGAAUGACGAUUGCCUUGUGAAAAUUGUGAAGUGUGUCUCAGGGCUAGGGCAUGGUGAAAGAUGUGACUACAGUACUCGUACCUGAAUGGCGGCGUCUGCAAACGCCACGGGUAGUUGUACAGUACUCGUCAAGUCGAAGGUUUGAUUCCAUCUCAAAUCCACAAGGGUAUCAUUGAUCGACAAAGGACAACUCUCGCAAGAAGUAAUCCGACCGCCGUCCGCAAUCUCAAACUCUGUCACUGUCACUACUCCAUCAUAUAUGAGAAGGAGUACGGAAAACAAAAAAAAAGGACAAAAGAAAACGGGAAACAAAGUCUGCAAGUCCACAACUUCAAAGUAACCUCCCACUUGAUGUCGUACGUGAUGCCUCCUCUCCCCGACGGAAACCCCAAACGAAUCACGUCUCAAUACCUUUGCCCUCGCCCUGCGUAGCCGGCGACCAGCCAAGGAUGGCCCAUGGCUCUCACACCGAAGACGAACCGCGGGAAUACCUCGCGCUCGGUCCAGUCUAGACUCGGUAUGCAAUUGUUGCGUAUGUCGAAAAGUGCCUGCCCUCACUUCUUCUUCUUCUCCUCCUCCUCCUCCU